AUGCCGUCAUGGCCGAUACUCGUUACCAUCCACAACCUCGUGAAUGUCCCGUUGUCUGCCUGUGAGAACGGCCUGCGGUCGUUCGUCGUGGAGGCACACAUGGUGCUUCGCGUGUCCGCUUACUCUGCUCCAGUGGCCACGGCGACGUUCACCACGGACGACGUGGUGUCAACCACUCCAAACCUAUUUGAAGUGCGUUUCGACGAUGUCGCUCGGUGCACUUCUGACGGAGACGGGGGCGGGCCAAAGGUGUGGCGAUGCGCGGUGCCGGAGCUUGAGGUGGUGGUGGUGGUGAGAGAAAUCACUCGCAGUAUCAGAGGCUCUUCCUCUCCUUAUCGUCCAGGUCGUCGCGCAGACGGAGAUCUCGAUGGCACGCGCGUCGUGGGCACCUCAGCUCCACUGCCGCUCAACGCGAAGGACAUUGUGGAGGUGCACAAACUCACCACACGGAUCGUGGGGACGGAAAUGGGUCAGGUGGGGCUUUCCUUCACCGUAGACCCAGGCGACAAGGCGGGGUACCGCCACCGCCUGGAGAGCUUCUUGCGCGCGUACAACCCGCAAGGAUUGCGGCUUGUGCCCAACGUGGUGGAGGUCGUCUCGGAGCUGGACACAUUCACAAAGCUGUAUCGGCGCUACUCGAUUCAAAACUACGAGGAACGGCUGGCACGCUUCUUUGACGUCUACGGCCCUCAGUACAAGAGCGAAAUCCCAUCACUACUGCGGCAGUGGGAAGGCCGAGAGGAGGAACUGAUGCGCAACUUGGUGCUCGACAAUGGCCCAGAUGUGACCACGAUCGAUCAACACCAGCGACUGACCGCGUACCUGGCUGCCUAUCAGCUUGAUCAAAACUCCCCUGCCGUACAAGAGAUAUUGGCCGCACAUGCGGGCGAGAAGGAGGCGAGCAUACCAGCGGGACUGUUUUCUGCUCUAGUGCAGCGCUACGGCCCGGAGCCCGAUCCGCGCACGUACCUGUUCGCCACGCCUCGGUACACCCCCGCACCACCAUCACCCCCGCGGACUAGUGGAGUCUCGGUGGGGACCGGCAGCCACCGCCACUCCCACUCUUCUUUGCAUCACGGCUCCCCGUCGCUCGCGAGAAGUAGCGCAGGAGCGAGUGCUGCCGCCGCCGCUGCUCCACAGCGCUGUCCGCCGACGCCUGCCUCGGAGCGCCCGUAUGUUUCUGUGCCCAUGUUCCCCACACCGAUUCCAAAUCGGGAGGCACCGCUGGAGACGGCGCGCUCGCUUGAUCGAUCGCCUAGCUUUGCCGUUGAUGGCGGUGCUCCACGUGGCGGCGAACACAAGGCUACUGUGACGGGUGAUCGGCAUGAAACGAAGCCCGUCACCACACCAAAGGACCAAGUGAUCGUGUCGGGCACGACCAUCGGUGCGAGCCGGCGAGACGUCACCGCAUUGCGGGACGCUUUGUGGCGCAAGAUGUGUUCGAUGAUGCAGACCCGGCAGCAGCACUCGAAGCCGUGGCGGGAGCACCUUCUUUUUUUUUUAGACCAAGACGAGUUUGCAGCGGCGGUGCGCGCCCUGCAUGCGUUCAGUGAGGCACCGGACGGAGGGGAGGUGCAGGUGCUGGUAGAGGAGUGGUCUCACCGCCUGGAUCACGCUUUUCGCACAGAAGCACUGGGUUCAGGCGAUGCGUACUACGCGGCUGCCGUGCAGGAGGCAGUGCGUCUGACCGGACUCCAGCCGCUGCAUCUGCAGGUGAUGAGUGUCAGCUCUUUCUUUCACAAGGAGCAGUACGCCGGGUUCGUGGCGUACGUGGAAGGGCAGGCGAAACGGGCCAAGACGGAGCGCCUGGUACUGGUCGGAAGCUGGAAGAAUCUCAUGGACGUCGCCCGUUUUGGCCUUCGCGCCGCGGCGGACCCCGCAGGUCGCUACGGAGAUGUGCUUGCAUCCUCCUCGGCCACGGUCCACGACGCAAGUGCGACAACAGGCGACAGCCCGUUUAUCUUCCUACGCGAGCCUUUCCGGCACUGCACGGAGAAGCACUCCUGUGCCCUUCUCGUCUGCGAGGUCGCGGUGGGUGAGAUGUACUCAUGCCCUACCACCGCGCACGCACCGCGGAGGCCAGCCGCCGACUUCCUCGCCAAGUACGACAGCUGCGCCUACGUUGACGAAGCCAACGGGCCAGUUGUUGCUGUCUACUUUCGCCAGCAGGUGUUACCGCGACUUCUUCUGCAGUGUGUCGUCGACCCGCAGCUGCAGCCGUGCCCCGCGCACCCCGAUAGACCGGUUGAAUACUACGUGAUGGAAAGCCACGCAUUCGCGUGCAGCCGCUGUGUAGUGAUGGGUGCCUACAAGGGCAAGGAGGUGACGCCGAUCGAGGAAGCCGCGGUGAUGGCGCGGGCGGGUCUGGCAGAGGUCGAGCGGACGGUCAGCGCGCUGAAAGAGAGCAUGCUCGCCUACGCCAACCAGCUCCAAAACGAAGAGAGCAGCAUGCCCACCGCGCCUCGCCGCGUAGAGGCGGAGCGCGAGAUUGACCGGCUGCAGAAAGAGACGGAGGAGCGCGUUCGCAGGAUUCGCAGACAGGUGCAACUAGAGGAUGAGGCGCAGCUCUCCCGCAUCAAUGCCGAGCGCACCGAGGUGCAGGCGGCCCUGGAAGCUGUGGAUGGGCUUGGUGAGCGUCUGACGUUUGCUAUGCAGCAGCGUACGCCAGUUGCCGCUGUGAAUGCGCUGCAGCACAUCCAGCAGGAGAGACAGGUGGAGCAGCUCAUGGCAAGGGCCCAGGAGCGGGUGCCGUCGGCUCCAUUGGAGCUUGUUCUACCCUUGGAUGGGCCGCCGGCGGCAUUGCCGCCUCGUUCUUCGCCCACCUCCAGAGUGCGCUCAAAAGGCUCGCCGGUGGUGGUGGGAUUGAAUGAGAGUCGCUUGCCGGAGGCCUCGGCUGACGACGGGCGUGAAUCCCGCGUGCCAGGAUCCGCAGCGCCACACGCGUCGCGUGCCCCGUCCACGCGUCAUACAAAGCACGCUUCACCGCUGCCGGGCAGCUUGUACGCCCAGUAUCUUGCGAUUGCUGACGCAGAUGGAAAAAAGGCUGCUGCAGAAGGAUCGUCUCGCAUCGAGCAACCGAGUCUGGAUCUCAGCACGGCGGUUUUUGCUAGCCGCCCUCGUCCCGUCCCCGUCCCCGCCAGCGAUGACAGGGAUGGUGGGGGUGAGAUGAGCGCCCUCUCUGCGAAGGAGGCGCUCACGCGUGGAUGGGCGCUACUAAGGCGCGGGGACGUCGCCGCAGCGCAUCGUGCGUGGACGGCGGUGUGCCGCGUUCACGGCACCAACGACGUGAUGGGCACAAAGGCUCACGCGUACAUUGCGGAGGCGAUCGAGAAGGACUAUGCGGCAGCUGCGCAGUGGUAUGCCCGCUCGCUGCAGCUAGACCCGCAGGACCGCAUGACCGCAUACAACUACGGCGUGCUUCUGGAGGCGCUGCUCGACAAGCCGCAGGAGGCUCUGCAACUGUACGACCGCGCCGCUGCACUCGGCGACGCAGUAGCAGGUGCCCGGGCCCGGGAGUUGCGGUCUAGGCUUGUCGCUUCUACUUCUCGGCAGUAG